AUGCUCUCCAACCCUUACAAAACCUCUCCCAACCAUUCAAAGAGUGUGAAGAAAUGGGCCCGUGCCGUUCGUGAACACAACACUCGUGGGACCCUCUCCAAAUUUGAGAUGAAUCAUGUUCAAUCGCUUGUCUGUAGACAUCUCCGAGUAUUAAUGUGCCGAGAGUCCGAGUCCUCGCCUAUCCCACCGUCUUUGUCAGAGCAAGAGAUGAAAGCUUUACUCGAAAACUUCCCAGUUGGAGAGCCGCUCCCUCACGGCUCUUCACCAGCUUUACUUUCAUCCACCGACUUUGCCAACACCGGUAUUCACCUCAAGGCAGAAGCUUUUGCUGAAAUCGAACAGGACUUGAUGUGUUGGGGCCUCCGGCGUUUUUCAUUCAACUGGAAGAGCGACACAGAGGACCGCGUGAACAAAUUAGCCUGCAAAGUCUUCUGGAAUUCGUUUUACCGCGCCACACAAGCUCACUCUUAUAAGUUUAGUAUCAGCUGUCACUUGCUCAGGAGAGAUAUUGCCAUCCCGGUUUUUGUCGAAGAAUUCAAUCGCCUCGCUGUCAAGUAUCAAAAACAGUGCGAAAGCCCCGCCGUCCUCGAAUAUCAUAACAUGGUAGCCAAAAAAAAACAGGCUUGCAAUGAAUAUCGGACUUACUUGGUUAAGUCGCACGCGGAUCCAGGCCUGUCAUCAAUUUUCCAGCCAAGGAACUACGCAAUUAUGGGAGAUAUUUUGGAAGUUAGAGUUACUGUGGGGAUGCAUUCAAUCACCGACUUACAUUUUGAAAUACCUCGAUGGUGGUCAGAGAAGACAAUCUGCUUCAUGGAACUCCUUGAGACCAAAGUCCACCGUCAUGCCAACGCUCGGAACGAUUUUCCUGGUUCUAUUCGUCCUUCUCACGAGUACAUACAAAGUUCUUCGACCGAAUAUGGUUUUAUACCUCACCAUCUCCCUGCCGAUAUGUACAGCCAUGAGUUCAAGGCUUCGUUGCUACCAGCUGAGUAUGCGGAAAUCAAGAUGAAACACUCGAUCUUACCUGACCUCGAAAUGAUGAGUGCCAUCUUCCCACCGUGUGAAAGCGCAUUCUUUGAACAACCCUCGGACAAUCUACUCAACAACUACUACACAAGCGACGACGAUGUCACUUCCAGCGAACUUGACAACAGUGAUACACAAACAAUCCCUGACUCGCCCACUGACAAUCUCACUGGACUCGAUGACGACGAGAAUGGCGUUAAAACUCAACUUGAGACUUUGAGUUCGGACUUGCAAAGUUCGAUCGCUAGUUUUACGGCUUUUCAGAAUGAGAUACAAACCUCGAUGCCCAUGCGGUUGGAACAAUUGCAAAAAUCACAAGACAACAUCAGUCAUCUUAACAGUAAACUCGAGGCAUUGCAGGGCGAGUUAGGUAGUUUGGAAACUGCUUUGUCGUUGGGAACAAUGGCUGAGAAUGUGACAUCGGUCGACUCGUAA